AUGGGGUCCAUCACCGUGGCGCCCGUGCCUCGCGUCGCCAUCAUCGGCGCCGGCAUCGUGGGCACCAACCUCGCCGACGAGCUCGUCUCGCGCGGCUGGACUGACAUCACCGUCAUCGAGCAGGGCCCGCUCGACAUGCCCGGCGGCUCGACGUCUCACGCUCCUGGCCUGGUGUUCCAGACGAACCCCUCCAAAACAAUGACCCAGUUUGCUCGGUACACGGUGGAAAAGCUGCUCUCGCUCCAGGAGGACGGGCAGAGCUGCUUCAACCAGGUGGGCGGCUUGGAGAUCGCCACGACGCCCGCACGUGUCGAAGAGCUCAAGCGCAAACACGGCUGGGCCUCGUCCUGGGGGGUCGACACCCGCCUCCUCAGCAAAGACGAGUGUCUCGAGCGGUAUCCCCUGCUGAACAAGGACCUCGUGCUCGGUGGCUUGUUCAUCCCGACCGACGGGCUGGCCCUGGCGGCGCGCGCGGUCCAGCUGCUCAUCGACCGCACUCGCAAGGCCGACGUGCGGUACCUGGGCUCCACGCAGGUGACGGGGAUCGAGCAGAGCAACGACCGCGUCACGGGGGUGAUCACGCCCGAGGGAGUCAUACCGGCCGACAUUGUCGUCUCGUGCGCGGGCUUCUGGGGCGUCGAGGUGGGCGCUAUGGUCGGCCUGUCGAUCCCGCUGCUGCCCCUGGCGCAUCAGUACGCAAAGACGACGCCCGUGCCCGCGCAGGCAGGCCGAAAUCCCCGACCCAAUGGAGCCAGUCUCCCCAUCCUGCGCUACCAGGACCAGGACCUCUACUACCGCGAACACGGCGAGCAGUUUGGGAUUGGCUCGUACGCGCACCGGCCCAUGCCCGUCGUGGCGGCGUCUCUACCCCUCGCUUCCAAGGGCGUCGAUGAGAAGAACAUGCCGUCCCGCAUGGAGUUUACGACCGAAGACUUCAAGCCCGCAUGGGACCUGUCGCGGGAACUCCUCCCGGCGCUAAAGGAGAGCGAGAUCGACGACGGCUUCAACGGCAUCUUCUCCUUCACGCCAGACGGCGGGCCCUUGGUCGGCCAGUCGCCCACGCUGGACGGCUUCUACGUCGCCGAGGCCGUGUGGGUGACACACUCUGCCGGGGUGGCGCGCGCGGUGGCCGAGAUCCUGACGACAGGGCGGUCCACGGUCGACCUGGCCGAGUGCGAUCUGGGUCGGUUCGAAGAGGUGCAGCUUACGCGGGCGUACGUCGAAGAGACAUCGCAACAAAACUUCGUCGAGGUCUACGACAUCCUCCACCCGCUGCAGCCGCGCGAGUCGCCGCGAAACCUGCGCGUCAGUCCGUUCUACGCCAGGCAGCGCGAGCUGGGCGCGUACUUCCUCGAGGCCGGGGCGUGGGAGCGGCCGUUCUGGUUCGAGGCCAACGCGAAGCUGAUCGACCAGCUCCCGCCCGAGUGGAAGCCCGUGGAGCGCGACCCCUGGUCCGCGCGGUACUACUCGCCCAUCGCGGCCGUCGAGGCGUGGAAGACGCGCACCGCCGUGGCAAUGUACGACAUGACGCCGCUGCGGCGGCUGGAGGUGGUGGGUCCCGGUGCGGUCGACCUCCUCCAGCGGCUCACGACGGGGGACGUGGGCAAGAAACCCGGCGCCGUCACGUACACGCUCGUCCUCGACAGCGCGGGCGGGAUCCGCAGCGACAUCACGGUGGCACGGCUCGCCGACGAGCUGUUCCAGGUCGGGGUCAACGGGCGCGUCGACCUGAUCUACUUCUCGCGCGAGGCGCGGCGGCAGUCGCAGCAGGAUCCCAGCCGGUGGGCGCACGUGCGCGAGAUCACGGGCGGGACGUGCUGCGUGGGACUCUGGGGCCCGCGGGCGCGCGAGGUCAUCGGCGCCGUCAGCCCCGACGACUUCAGCAACAAGGGCCUGCGGUACUUCCGGGUCAAGCGGGCCAGCGUCGCGGGCAUCCCCGUCGUGGCCAUGCGGCUGUCGUACGUCGGCGAGCUGGGGUGGGAGAUCUACGCCAGCGCCGACAACGGCCAGCGGCUGUGGGACGCCCUGUGGCAGGCCGGCCAGGCGCACGGGGUCGUCGCCGCGGGCCGCACGGCCUUCAACGCCCUGCGCCUCGAGAAGGGCUACCGCUCGUGGGGCACCGACAUGACCACGGAGCACGACCCCUGGGAGGCCGGCGUCGAGUUCGCCGUCAAGGCCGGCAAGCAGGGGUUUGUGGGCCAGACGGCGCUCGAGGGCCGUGCCCCUCCCAAGAACGAGGAGGGAGAAAAGACAGAGGUCGCCGCGGUCCAAAGAAAACGCCUCCGCUGCCUCACCGUCGACGACGGCCGCUCCGUCGUGCUGGGCAAGGAACCCGUCUUCCACGACGGCCGUCCCGUCGGAUACAUCACCAGCGCUGCGUUCGGCUACACCAUCGGCAAACCCAUCGCGUAUGCCUGGCUUCCCGGCAACGUGGGCGAGGGCGCCGCCGUCGAGAUCGAGUACUUUGGCAAGAAGAUCCGGGCCACCGUCACGCCGGAGCCGCUGUUUGAUCCGCAGAUGAGUCGGUUGCGCGGGUGA